CGGGCCGGCUCCCAAGCACCAUGCAACCUACGAUAAAAAUAGCCCCAGGGGUGUGGUACUGGAAAGAGGAUACCAAAACACUUGAAUUUGCAAGUGCUCUGUGUGGCAGAUGCAGGAGUGGGAGGAUAUGAAAUUCGUCAGAUGUAUUUGUCCCUUUCUAAACCUGCCUCGGUGGAUAGCAAGAGCAAUGUCUGAGACCCUGACCCAAUCACCAUUUAUAGAUGUGUCUCAGUAUCACAGGGAGGCUUAAACAUCUCCAUCCCCACCGCAGAUGCUAAAGAGAAACUCAAGAAGGGCAAAACCAUCCAUUUUCAGGAAAUGGGCAGUAAAACACUAGACAGAUCGACUCCUAGUAUGUUUCGAGAUUUGUUUGGUGCAAGAUUCCCUGAGAAAAGAAUGAAUAUACAAGAAGAGAAAUCCCCUAGGCUAUCGAAGCGGGGACAAAAUGAGUGUAUUACAUUAGACGAUGUUAAAUAUGCUGCUUUGUUUCUUGUUCAAGAAGAUGAAUCAUAUCAUAUACCAUCUUUUACAGCAGUUAUGAGGAGUAAGCAGCUGGAUGAGUUCCUCAUGGCUCUGCUUUUCUAUUUAUCGUAUUAUCUGGAAAAAAUUGCCCUGGAAAAGAAACCCAAAUCUUUUAUGGUAAACCCCAGUGUGUUAGACCAAAAAGAACUGGAAGAGACAUUGGCUAAGCUAGCAGGAACCAAGAAACACCUUGCCAAGGUGUACUGCAUUCUUAUUCUUGGACUAGGAAGGGCUGAGCAGCAUCACAUGGCUUGUGGAAAGAGAAAAACAUCAUCAACACAGAAGGACCGAGAGUUCUUUGAGUGCUUCUACAACUUCUGUACAUAUGUGGCCUGGGUGGUGUUCAGACGGAAGCACUUCCAAGAGAUUCAGGAAGAAGUGGGCAGGCUUCUUCGCUCUGACAUAUUUAACCCUGCAUUGAGAGAAAAGAACAGCCCCAACCUGCAGAAAACAGAUGUCUCUGCCGAUCAGAGGAAAGUUAUCUUUCCCUAUCACAGGAGUGUAUAUGCCAGACGCCCAGCGAUAAAGAGUGUCGUUGGCCAGCGCUCGCCGGUGCUCAGUACGCUACUGCCCUUGCCCAAAGACAACGCUCAGUAUCUCUUCCAGAACCAUUACCUGCAUCGGGGCAGAACCCUUCCAACCUGCAGCAGCAAGGACCUGCCGGACUACUCAACAUUUGAGCUUACACCCAAGGUUGGCAUCAUUGGAGCCCUUCGCAGCAAGUUCAAUCCCCACACUCUCAUGCCUAUUGGGGUGAUAGAGGAGGAGGAGGAGGAGAAGAAGGAAGAACAACGAACAAAGAGAAACAGUUUGUCAGCCAGUUCAUAUAACCUGGCUUUGUCAUCCCCCAGAGGCACCCAAGUUGGAAUCAGUCGCCCGAGCAUGGUACUCUCAAGAGUAACUACGGAGGGGGACUACUCUGAGAAUGGGUAAUAGAAAUGGCACCCUCUAGCACUGAGGGUAAUUCUAGCAUGUAUUAAGUAAACCACUUUGAAGCUUCAUGUUUAAGAGCAGAGGCCAUUUGUUACAGGUAGUGCAGCCUAGUGAAUAGGGCACUGGACUAGGAUUUAGGAAACCUAGGUUCUGUUCCUGGCUUGGCCACUGACUUGCUGUAUGACUUUGGGCAAGUUAUUUCCCCCACUUGGUGCCUCAGUUUCCUCAUCUGUAAAAUGGGGAUAAUGAUACUGACUCUCUCUGUAAAGCAUUUUGAGAUCUAUGGACCAAAGGAGCGAGGUAUGAUUAUUAUUUAUUCCUUUAAAAUUUGCAUUGCGAGAAGAUUCCUGGAAGGAUUAAAAGUUCUGGAAAUGAUGGUUUUAUGGGAAUUUCCUCUUACAUUUUUAAUAUAUUAUCUUUACUCAUUUUUGAUUUCCAUAGCGUUUCAUUGGGCUUUGCACAUAUGCAUCUCUCCAUACUAAUGCAUGACAAAUGUUGAUAAAUGAAUAGCAAAGUUGAAUACCACUAUUUAAAGAUAUGGGGCAGAUCCUCAGUUGUUGUAAAUCAGUGUUGCUACACUAAAAUAAAAGGUUCUGUGCUGAUUUACUCCAGAUGCGGAGCUAGCCUGCAGUAUUUAUUAUAUAGCAUUUAUCUCUUAUCUUUCGUUUUCACCAGUGAGGAAAAUAGGUCCUAGAAUUCCAAACACCAAUUAAAAUAUGCACUUGGGAUAUCAACUUCAUGAAACAAAAAGCUAAUCAGUCUCUAAGAAAGGAUAAGAUUAUGUCCUGAAGUCUUGAAUUCUGUGACUUUCAAAGACCUCCAUGACAUUUUCUGCUUCAGCUCUGGGAUGGCAGGGUUGGAGCUCCCAGCCAUCAUGGGACCCUGCAGCUUCAAACUGCCGGCCACAAAGUUCUGAGGGACUGCAGGUGGAGGGGCCUCAGAGUUCCCAGCCACCAUGGGUGGUGGGGUCCCCCUGGAGCUUCCAGCUGCUGGCCGUGGAGCUCCCAGCCAUCCUGGGCAGCAGGAGCCCCACAGCUCCCAACCACUGCAGGUUCCCUGGAACUCCCAGCCUCCUGAGCUGUAGUGGGGGCUUAGGAGCUGUCAGCUGCAGUGGCAGGUGUUAGGCCCCUCUUCCCACAGCAGGGGUUGGGCUUCAGUCAUCCCCUUCCCCAUGGGGCUCAGUCAGCCUCUAGUCAGGCCCCCUCCCCCCUUAUCUUUAGUAAAAGUCACAGACAGGUCAUGGGCUUCCGUGUAUUUUUGCUUAUUGCCCGUGAGCUGUACGUGACUUUUACUAAAAAUAACCGUGACAAAAUCUUAACCUUAGUCCUAAGAAAUUACCAGGGUUUACCUAUAAAACUGUCCGUAUUCUGUUACCAUUACCAUUAGCGGAAAACCGUAGUGAAAUUCUGGCCCUUUUGAAGUCAAUGAGAAUUUUACCAUUGAUUUCAAUGGCACCUGCAUUUCUCCCUACUGGCGCUAACAAUGAAAGAAAACCAAAGAUGGGUAGAGUUUUCUGAGAGCUGAGAAGAAAACUUUAACAUCUCAGUGUAUUGUUUAAAAUGCUAUCUAUGGGACCGCUACGAUCUCCUCAUGUACAUAAAUGUUGACUGCGACGUGCUUUGUUCAGAACAAACACUUCUAUAUUAUGCAUUUCUGCAUUAGGGAGGGCAAGUUAGUGAGAAGACAAAUACAUAGAUAUGGUCCUAGGUAAAUGCUCUUUUCUCAUGAAAAACAGAUUGCUGCUACAAUAUAUAGCAGAAGUUCCAAACACCUGUCCCCCACCCCACCCCCCACUGAUGCGUUUAUCUCAUUCUCAUAACCUUCAGGUUUUGCCAAUAUUAAAGUUUUAUUUUUAGAAAAUAAUCAGUAAAGUAAGAUGGCAUCGUGUGUAACAUGACUUUAAUGCUCUCACAUAUGACCUGAGAAAUAGCACUGAGAGGAGGCUGGAUAUCUCACUGAUCAGAGUCUAAUGAUGAUACUUCAAGGGCUAGAUUUUCUAAAAACUUGGUAGGGCCAGUGUACGUCCAAAAUGCACAUACUGCUUGGUUUUGGGAGUCCCCAAAGUCCCCUAUGUGGUGUAUUGAGAACUGUACUGAAAUUGUAGGUUGUCACUUUAAAUGGCUUUUUCCUGGUCCUGCUUGCAGACUAGGGGUUUCUGUAAGGAAGCAUGUGAUCUGGGUCUAGCAGCAGUCAGGCUGGAGGCAGACAGCCUGUAGUAAGGUGAGGUGAAUUGUGCCUCGCUUUCUUAGGGAGCAAUCUGAUUUCUUUCUGGUUUUGGGCUCUUAUGUGUUAUCAUUCUGAAUUCUAAGAAAUAAAGCUGUUAUUUUGCAACCUUUCA